GGGCCGCUCCGGGGCGCGCCCAUCGGUCGCCAUGGAGUUACCCACAGAGCCGCGCGACUAUCGCCGCUCUUGGGACGAUAACUCCGACUCAGAGCCAGAGCCCGACCCCGAUUCGCAGGCCGAGGCUUACGUAGCUCGUGUUCUCACUCCGCCGAAACUCGGGCUGCCGCCGUCACCUGCCCCUCCACUGUCCGCUCUCGCCGCAUCGUCUGGAGCCCUGGAGUCUCGGGCCACAUCCAAGGCCCCCGUCACGGGCGUCCCAGGCCUGCUGAGUCUUCCCCCGGAGCUGCUGCUUGAAAUCUGCGCCUACCUGGACGCGCGCCUCGUGCUCCACGUCCUGCCGCGCGUGUGCCACUCGCUGCGCGACCUCGUGCGUGACCAUGUCACCUGGAGGCUACGUGCCCAGCGACGCGUACGCGCGCCCUACCCAGUGGUGGAAGAGGAGGACUUUGACUGGCCAGCGGCGUGCAUUGAACUGGAGCAGCAUCUGUCACGCUGGGCAGAGGAUGGAAGGUGGGCUGAGUACUUCUGCCUGGCUGAUGGGCACUUUGCUUCCAUUGACUCCGUGUUGCUGCUCCAGGGUGGGACCCUGUGUCUGUCAGGCUCCCGAGAUCGCAACGUCAAUCUGUGGGACCUGCGACAGUUGGGGGCAGAGCCCAAUCGGGUCCUGGUCAAGGCUCUGGGCUCCCAGCAGAACAGCACCCACAAGGGCUGGGUGUGGUCCUUGGCAGCACUAGACCAUCGAGUGUGCUCUGGUUCCUGGGACAGCACGGUGAAACUCUGGGACAUGGCAGCAGAUGGGCAGCAGUUUGGUGAGAUAAAGGGCAAGGCAGCUGUUCUGUGCUUGUCCUACCGGCCUGACAUCUUGGUGACGGGCACCUAUGACAAGAAGGUGACAAUCUACGACCCCAGAGUUGGCCCAGUCCUGCUGAAGAGCCGGCGGUUGCACUCUAGUGCUGUGUUGGCACUGCUGGCCGACGACAGGCACAUCAUCUCAGGCAGCGAGGAUCACACCCUUGUGGUGUUUGACCGUCGGACCAACAGCGUCCUGCAGCGGCUGCAGCUGGACUCCUACCUGCUUUGCAUGUCCUACCAAGAGCCCCAACUCUGGGCUGGAGACAACCAGGGCUUGCUACACGUCUUUGCCAAUCGUGAUGGCUCCUUCCAGCUUGUCCGGUCCUUUGAUGUGGGCCAUAGAUCUCAGAUCACAGGCAUCAAGCACUCGCUGGGAGCCUUAUAUACCACGUCCACAGAUAAGAGCAUCCGGGUACAUGUGCCUACAGACCCACCGAGGACCAUCUGUACUCGAAGCCACCACAAUGUGCUGAAUGGGAUCUGUGCUGAGGGCAACCUGGUGGUGGCUGCUUCUGGAGGCCUGUCACUGGAAGUCUGGAGGCUGCAGGCCUGAGCUGAUGGUGUGGAUGUGAAUCUGUCGGCUGGCUGACUGAACCUCAGGCUUUGUUCUCAGGGGGAACCUCCCCCACACUGGUGCUGCCUCUGCCUGCCCACGUAGGCCUAGGACACAAGAAGUCUGAACCAUAGGCAGUGGUCUUGACCCCAGAACCCAAGCCUCAAGAAGUCCCAUGCCAUAGGAGGGGAUGUUGACUCUCCCAGAGGACUGCUCCCCUGAUUGGGGGCCCUGUUUUCUGAUUCUGAUUCCUGCUUUCUGUUGGGUAGGAAGGAGAAAUAAACCUGAUAUGUUGGUGCUCUGGU